GGCAAAGCACACGAAGCGGCAGGCAGUUGCGCAAGAGUGGAGACGAGGGGACGUUGGACGUGGACCUGACCUUGAGCUUGAACUGUCCCGACGCAGUGGAUUUAGCUACACUCUCCUAAACCUAACUGUACCUUACCUUGCGUUGCUGAACCUUUGACUCUCUUCGUCAACUGCCUGCGUAUUUACUUUCACGCGCGCAGAGCUCCUACAAGCUGAACAGUGCAACACCGACUUCGAGCCGAACCGAUCCCGACCUAAGCUUCACCUCACCUCACCUCACCUCUCCUGUAACCACUCGACAGCCUCCCAUAUCAACCCUCCCCAAUCAACCUCUCACGAUGGCCUCCUCACCAUCCCCCGCCCCGGGGGCGGCUCCCACAAACCCCAAAAUAGCCAAAAUCAUCACCCGCCUCCAAUCCAAAAUCACCCCCGGCAUGCCCUUCGAGGCCCAAUACGAAGCCGCCCAAGAGACCCGACUCGUCGCGGCCCGGUACACCAAAUCGCAAAACUAUACCGCCGCCAUCGACAUUCUGUCCUCUGUCUCCCAGUCCCUCCUCAAGACAGGUCCAACAGGCGGCGGCAGUGGGGGCGAUCUCGCUAUCUUGCUGGUGGAUGUUUACAAGCAGGCUGGGCUGAAGGUGGACGCUACAAGCAAGGGGAGGGUGUUGACCUGUUUGAGGCUGUUUGACCCCGCCGAGCCGAACAGGAAGAAGUUUGUGAAGGAUGUGGUCGAGUGGUCAAAGAAGUACUCGGACUACCCCGCCGGCGACCCAGAACUUCACCACGUCAUCGGCUCCAUGUUGGCAGAGGAAAAAGAGAGCCUCGACGAGGCGGAGCGCCAUUUGAUCCUCGGCACCACGAAAGACUCCCCUCCUGUCCUUGCGCAGUUGGAGUAUGAAUGGUACAAACAAGAUGAAACCCACACCGCGCCCCUUUACUGCGCCAGGGCAGUCCUUCCGUACCUGUUGAUGGCCAACCUCAAGGCGGCGACCACGUGCUACAAGGUGUUUACUUCACAGCUCGCCGCCGAGAACUCGUCUUUGGCUGUGCAAGAUGUUGGCGAGACCAAGAUCUUCCCUAGCCUGCCGCUCAUGAACUUUUUGGGGCUGUUGAUUGUGGCUGUGCAAAAGGGGAACAACCCAGAGGUGUUUAGGCAGUUGAAGGGGAAGUACAUGCCCACGAUCAAGGAGGCCACGGACGGGGUGUGGGACACGGCACUGGAGCUGAUUGGGGAGAUGUACUUUGGGAUUCAGAGACCGAGGCAGAGCAACCCGCUGUUUGACAUGAUGGGGAGCUUCUUGGGGAUGCCGGGUGGUGGUGGUGGGAGUGGUGGGAGACCGAUGGCGAGGAGGGUGGAGGCUGCGCCAGCUGCGGAGGGGCUGGAUUAAUGAGGGAGGAAAGCAAGACACGGGGGGGAGGGGAGCAUACGUUGGUGUUGUAUGUACACGAUACACACGAUUCUUUGGAGUUAAGGGAUCAGAGCCCGAUAAUUCGAUAAUUAAGAGCAUACAUAAUGCCUUGGGGUAUCGUUACAUUUUU